AUGUCGUUCCAAAGAUCAUCCUCAAACGCUGCAAAGCUCGCAGCAAGGGCUGUUGCCCCCAAGGCUAGCCGCGCCGUCGCGCAGAGGGCGUACUCGCUCCUCGCUCGUCAGGCUCCUCAGGCCGUCAUGGGCGCUCGUUUCGGCGCCGUCCGUGGUGUCAAGACCCUCGACUUUGCCGGUACCAAGGAGCAGGUCUACGAGCGUGCCGACUGGCCUCUCGACAAGCUCCAGGACUACUUCAAGAACGACACCCUUGCCAUGAUCGGUUACGGUUCGCAGGGUCACGGUCAGUCCCUCAAUGCCCGCGACAACGGCCUCAAGGUCAUUGUCGGUGUCCGCAAGGGCGGCGAGUCAUGGAAGCAGGCGCAGGAGGACGGAUGGGUACCGGGAGAGUCGCUCUUUGACAUCCCCGAGGCCAUUGAGAAGGGAACCAUCAUCAUGAACCUCCUCUCGGACGCUGCCCAGUCCCAGACCUGGCCCGAGCUCGAGCCCCUCAUCACCAAGGGCAAGACUCUUUACUUUGCCCACGGGUUCUCCGUUGUCUACAAGGAGGACACCAAGGUCAUCCCCCCCAAGGAUGUUGAUGUCAUCCUCGUCGCCCCCAAGGGUUCCGGCCGGACCGUCCGUACCCUCUUCCUCGAGGGCCGCGGUAUCAACUCGUCCAUCGCCGUCUACCAGGACGUCACCGGCAAGGCCAAGGAGAAGGCCGUCGCCCUCGGUAUCGCCGUCGGUUCCGGUUAUUGCUACGAGACCACAUUUGAGAAGGAGGUGUUCUCGGACCUUUACGGAGAGCGUGGUGUGCUUAUGGGUGGUAUCCAGGGAAUGUUCCUCGCUCAGUACGAGGUCCUCCGCAAGAACGGCCACUCCCCGUCCGAGGCCUUCAACGAGACCGUCGAGGAGGCUACCCAGUCCCUCUUCCCCCUGAUCGGCAAGUACGGUAUGGACUACAUGUACAACGCCUGCUCCACCACCGCCCGUCGUGGUGCCCUCGACUGGGCCCCUAAGUUCAAGGAGGCCAACUUGCCCGUCUUUGAGGCUCUCUACAAGUCCGUCCGUGACGGUUCCGAGACCCGCCGAUCGCUCGAGUUCAACUCGCGCAAGACGUACCGCGAGGACCUCCAGAAGGAGCUCGACGUCAUUGACAACCAGGAGAUCUGGCGCGCAGGCAAGACUGUCCGUCGUCUUAGGCCCGACGCCAACAAGGAAGAGCUUUAA